AUGUCGUCCGUGGGUAUAAUCGCGUUGUUAUACUGUUUAUUGUCGAGCACAUUCUGCCAACCUCUGACAAAACAGACUGUGGAAUCUUUGAAUGAAUUCAUCAAAACCACUAUGAAUUGUAAGAACGUAACAGGCCUGACGGUAUCUUUGGUACGGGGUGACGAUACCGUAUUUGCCGAGGGUUUUGGAUCUGUUCGCUUGGAUGGUUUAGACGCAGUCACUAACACCACUUUGUUCAACAUUGGCUCUGUCAGUAAGACGUUCACGUCGACUGUUGCGGCGGACGCGAUUGGAAGAAAGCUAAGUACUUGGGAUACUCCUUUUAGGUCGAUUUUAGGUGAUAGCUUUUGGAUGCAGGGGCUGUUCCGAACUGAAUUGGUGAAUCUACGUGAUGUUUUAGCCCAUAAAUCUGGCAUAGCGAAUUACUGGGGUGUUAGUACCGCUGCCCUUGGUCUCAACAGAGAAGAGUUAGUGAGGAGAAUGCGAUUUUUCGAGGAUUCCCGCGAGUUUCGAUCACGCUGGUUGUACAGUAAUUAUAUGUAUACUUUGGCUGGUUACGUCACUGAAGUAUUAACUGGAGAAUCAUGGGAAACAUCAGUGAAUAAAUUAUUUGAUUCACUGGGUAUGGUGUCGUCGCGGGUCAGUGCUGAUAUGUCGUCUUCUGAUUGGUCAAAGACAUGCUACUCUAGAAUCGAUUCACUGGGUGAUUGGAUAGAGGUUGAUGAAGCAGCGCAGGUCAGAAUCCUUGAUGAGAUUGCACCUGCGGCGGGCAUCUUUUCUAAUGCAGUCGACAUGGCAGAAUUUAUGAAGUUUCAUUUAAGAUAUGGAAAAAACAAAGAUGGUGAUCAGAUUGUAGAUGAGGGCGCUUUACGUGAUACUUACACGCCGACAUUCACACAGAGCAGCACGUGUUGUUUGUAUAAACCGACCUAUCCAAUUGACGAUACAAGAACUAUGUAUGGGAUGGGGUGGUACAAAGGAUCCUACCGAGGAUACGAGAAGAAUUAUCAUACUGGUUCUUACAGUGCCUAUUAUUGCCGAAUUUCAUUGUUUCAUUCCAUGAACGCGGGAGUAUUUGUCUGUGUCAACAGUCCAGGCGACGAUCGGGGGUAUGAUACUGUGCACGAAGUCAGUAUGCAGGCUUAUGAUUACUUGCUCGGCUAUGAGCCGUGGUUGAACACAAGUACCGGCUGCACUUUUCCUAGUCCUUGGACAGAUGCAUCCUACGCACCGAUGCCACCAAUGACGAAUUCACCUCAUCCUCUAUUACGACCUUUCGAUGACUACGUGGGUCAGUAUGGGCACUACGCUUUCGGCAACUUCACUGUGCUAUACGAUGAAAUGAAUAACCAGCUGCGGUACGAGUUUGGGUUCCAGUUACAAGGCACGUUGUCCGCUUCGGAGGAUUCCGACUUAACUCUGUAUAUGAGAGUUGAUGACCCCGUAGCGUAUAGGGAAUACUUCUAUUCCACGUCUUUUCCUUAUGGAUGGCCCGUCUAUUUUAAGGCUGAUGAUAACAAUAAUAUAAUUAACGUCUCUGUGCCAUAUCUUGAAAACGAUUGGCCUUUCAUGUUUAUGCGUGAUAUUAAGAUGAGUGAUGCCCCAAUGUCUCCACCUAUACACGAUAACUGUGAGGUCAAUAACGCAGGGCGCAUCGAACUAUUCUCAGUUGCGUUUGUUUAUUUCCACGUGGUGUUUAUGGGAGAAUGGCGUACAUUGAGUUUGGCUUGA